UACAUUGCGGCAGCUGGUAAACUAGACGAAUGCUGCAAGAUGGAAUUGGGAGCUCGGUCACUGCUUGACCAUGCUGUGGAAGGUAGAGUGUAUCGUUCAUCGGACCAUCUGAACCGGACGUCACGAACGCUGCUUGAGUGCGACUGUCGCCGUAGUCGUCCUAGCUGUGGAUUAUGUUGAAUACAUUUAACCCAGCAUACGGACUUUUGCCUGCCUCUGGUGUUGCCGUCGUCAAUCUACAGACAAGGCUGCCUGCGGAGACUUUGACGAACAAACAAACAACGCCCAUCUCCUGCCAUGCGGGUUGUCGCAGCGAGCGAUCUGGCGACGAUGAACCAUAAGUUCACGAUGAUCAGCCGAUUGGGCAUUUGGAUGUCACAAUACGCAGACUCCGAGGUCAAGUCGCUGCAGACUUCGCGCUCUAACAUGUCGUUCCGAUCAGCAAUUUCCUCCUCGACGUAGCACAUGCGUGGUUAAGCUUAACAUCAGAAUCAAUGCAAUUGAAUGGGAAAGUCAAGAGCCGUCGGUUUUGGCAGUGCUUCGCUUUGCAUCCGGGUCUGCAUCAUGCUUAAAAGGUUUCGGCAUUGAAUCAUCGUCGGGGUGUAUCUGUUCAGCAUUCGGCGGUAUGGAUUACACUUCU